AUUGUUCAAUCGCAUUUCAUGUUUUUCUGCAGCUCCCCACAUCAGGCUCAUGUCACGUAACAGUACUAUUCCGCGCCACGUGAUGGCAUCAUUAUUCUUCAUCCACUCCAAUACAUUCUGUUUAUACACUGAGAAGAAAGAAACACUGACUUCCGGAUAAACAAACGAUCGGCAAUUUAACGGUUAAUAUUUUAUCUGACAAGUAUUUUAGCGGAAUUUUGUAUCAGGUGCGCACUCGCAUUUAAGCUGUAAUGAAUUCGCUUGUGGGAUACGGACUCUCGUCUGAGUCAGAGGAUGAAGAGAGGGGAGAAGACUAUCGGAAUGAGUCCAUCAAAAAGACAGACGAUGCUGUGGUGGAGAGGAAAAGCCGCAAUUUCCUGUUGGAGCCAGAAUCACCUUCCAGCGAAUCUGAAUCUAGUCCAGAGAAUGCAGAUGAAGAGGUGUCUGUUGCUGAUCACUCCUCCUCUGGGUCCUUCCCAUCCAUCCGUCCUCAAACUCAUAAGCUUCCGCCUCCACCUUUGGGAAGCUCCAGCUCAGAUGGAGUGCUCACAGGCAGCAGUGUGUUUGCGAACCCCUUCAAAGAAAUGGCUGAAGGGAGACUGAACGUCCUGCAGAAACAUGUACCGCUUACUCUACAAGCUCGCCCCACCCAGAUCGGUGGUAAACGGAUUUGUGUGGCCUACAGAAAGAAUGGACGUUGCCGUUUUGGAAUCAGCUGCAAGUUUGCACAUGAUAGCGAUCUGCAGAGUAGCAAUGUGUUAACUUCUGACAGUGGACCAAAAGACAAUGCCUCUGCCAGUGUUGUAGUAGGUUCAUAUAAUCUUGAUCCACUGGCUUCUCAUGAUGUAGACAAGGAGACAGAUGAAGGGAAGGACAGUGAACAGCGAAAAAAGAAAAGGGUGGGGGUGAAUGAUUCUCUCAUUCCACCAAAACGUGCACUCAAGCAGUAUGCCAGACUCUCACACCACUGAAGUUCGACAUUAUAACAAUUCAGAAUCCCAGGACUUUCUGUCUGUGUAAAAGAUUUUGGGAACAACACACUUUUAUGUGAUAUAUACUAAAGAUAAGUGUGUAAUAUAUGUUAAAUUAAAAUACUACUAGGAAGUCUUUAUAAUGUGUAACAGACAGAUGUUAUUGUUUCAUAUUCAAAGAAACUAUUAUUAUAAUUAACUGCAUUAAAAACUUAAAGGUGCACUCAGCGAAUCCUGAGAAACAGUGUUUAUAUUCCAACUCAACUGCCAAAAUAAACACACCCCUCCCUUUGGUGCCAUUUUGGAUGCUCCGCCCCCCAAAUUCAUGCAGGUCCCAUAGCUGAAGCUAAGUAAUAAUCUAAUACAUUAAUAAACGACAGAGAUGCACUCACAAAAACGGCAUACAUAACACAGCAACUAGAACUAGCGAGAGUUUGUUGUUUAGGUUAAUUUUACAGUAACGCAUACAAAACCACAGUGACCGAAAAAUUUGUUUUUAAAUAUUCGGGGGUAUAAAACCCAUUGCAAACGUUGUUCGGAUAAAUACCAUUAGACAAUUAGAGCAAAAAACAACACCGCAAGAUAUGUAAAUACAAUUAGCUUCUGCAUCUAUCUUCAAGCCUUUUACCCCUCGGAGGUCUCUCCACCACUGAAAAGUCUUGCUGAUGUUGACACGGCUCCUAGCCCUUGACUUACCAUAAUCCUUUUUUACUUAAUAUUCAUCUGACCCUUUUCUCUUGGGUCUGUUUCUCAGCCAUUUGUCCUCCUUGGUGUUUAGAAAGUUCGCAUCAGCCAGAUUUCCCUUUCGCUUUGCCCCCACCUCCCAUCCGGUGCAUGCUCAAGAACCACCCCCUGUAGCUGAUUGGCUGGAGUAGUGUUGUGGGGAUCGGUCCGAUCCACUUUGUUUUUGUCCCAUUUACAAAGCCAGAUAUUUGCUGAAUUUGACAGUCUAUUGGAUUAGAAUUACUGAGUGCACCUUUAACUUUGUGGAAGACUUGUUACUGUGUUAGUUUGAAAAACUUAUAAAAUUAUGUAAGGAGCAGUGCUGUUAUGCAAGCGGCAAAUUUCUAUAGAAUCCAGAAACUCCUUUGGACUAUUCUAAUGAAAUUGGCCUGAUCUUAACAAAAAAUAAAUUACAUUUUGCCUAUUGAAAAUAAAGCCUGUUUUAGGGCAAUUUAAUUGUGAUAUUAUUUUCAGGACAUUUACAAAUUUUAGCCCUAAAUUCUCAUCACCUGAAUUAUUCUGUAUUGUCAUAUAUCACAAUGAGAAAAAAAGGCAAAAUUAUUUAAAUGUUUAAGUAUUUAAACAUCACAGUAGUACUCCCUUUUCAUUUUCUCUGAUUUUAAUUCAGAAAUUAAUUUAGUUUUAUUUCAGGGGGGUAAAAUGUCCUGAAAGUAAUGUCACAAAACAAGAUGGUCUUAAAGGCUUCGUUUACUUUAUACAAAAUAUAAUUAAAAAUAUAUAUUUUGUUAUUAAUCUGGGGGUUUUAUUGGACUGUUUUGUGAUAAUCGCCACAUAUAAGUUAUAUUAGCCUAAUUCUUAAGAUUUGAGAUACUGGGUAAUAAAUGUAAAUGUGUAUACCCAAAAAUAUUGUCUAUGUGAUGAGUGUUAAAAUAUCAAAUAAAA